UGUGGCCUAUGCAGGAAGACCUGGAGUCAGUAGUGAGAUUAGAGCUCAUCAGGAGAAGCUCUCAAAUAUUUUACCUGUCUGAUUUACUUUUAAAUCUUUAAAAUGAACAGGCCGAGCACAUUUCAGUUCCUGCGUGUUGCUGUGUUGUGGUUCUACCUUCUCCUCCCCUCGGUGCUCUGUUAUAACCUGCGUUGCUAUUACAGCCCCAUCCUGGAGAAUGAGAAGACAUUUAAGCUCAUUGUGACAGAGUGCCCCCCUCACGAGCUGUGCUUCAAGGCAAAUGGCCGCUAUGGAAACCACAGCGCCCUGUCGGCCAGGGGAUGCAUGUUGGAGAAGGACUGCAGCCUGGUGAAGAACAUCCGCCUCAAGGGAACUGUCUACAUCACGAGCUUUGACUGCUGUGAUCGGCCAUACUGCAACUCCUGCCCGGGCAUCACAGCCAAAGCCCUCUACACCAUUGUAACACUUGUGACUGUAGCUGUGAUGGCCGACAGCUUGUGACUAAAGGCUUCAGAUGUUGUGAGCAUCUUUUAGGGGUUCAUGUCGAGGGGAAAGCUUUCAACACCAAGUGAGCAGUGCUCUGGCAUCUCUGCAGCCUCCGUAUUGUGUAAUGCAGAGGGUCUGCAGAAGUAUAUGGUGCAUGCCCAGUCUGAAGACACUGAGGUGUGCACCAACGUGAGGAUACACAUUUUAAAACGUGUGUGUGUGUGUAUAUCUUUUACAAUACUAAGUAACAAAAAUCAGUUUCGUGUUUUAAUGUCAAUAAAAUAACGCAACAAAAAUAAAACACUGAAUAAUUUUCUGA